GGGGUGAGAAUGAAGUAGUUGGUCAAGGAGUGUGAUGUGCGCAGACUACCCACAAGGCCUUCCGGUACUCAAAACCUGAAUCAGCAUAUAAGGCACCAAUGUGCUGAGUGCAAAGUCUGCCUUAGGGAGAAUAACCACAGUCGACUAUGCUUGUCCUGGUCGAAAACUAGGGGCUCCAUGUAUGCAAUUUACGCGAAUCGUUCUGAUCAAGGAAUGCGAAAUCGAGUACCAAAUAGCCCAUCACGAGAGCCAUCGCAAUGGCCCGCAUAUCCGGUAAUAUGUUCUGAGCUUUCUGGGCUUGGAAAGAGCGCCAGAACCCGAAGCCUGCGUGAUCACCCGUGGAAGAGUUUUGGGUGGUUUUGAGCCUGGCCAGUGGGCUUAGUACGGUCGGAUGUGCAGAAAUGGCCAGCUCCGAGGGGGAUAAAGCAACUUUUCCCGGACCUUACUUUCGUUCAGCGGCACUCCUUCGCUUCCCUGCGAGCUUGUUUCCGCUACUUAUGCAAUCCGACUCAGAGAAGGUCACUUCGCCACGAGGUGGGGGAACGAAAUCCAGAAUCCUCUACAUGGUAUCCCGCGGGAUGGUUACUGGAACAAGUCCAGGCAUUCGCACAGGAAAAGGGCCUGACGCAUAUCCUUCCGGAAUUACGGAAGGGUGCUCUGCUCGCGCAGGACCCUACCAAUUUCGAAAAGAUCGAUCUCUUGGACGAUGCUGACCGUGCGGUCAUCCGUCUCGAAACAACCCAUAAGUGGAGACAACCGCGCGCGUUAUAUUUGACUGUCAUUCUCUGUUCUAUUGCUGCGGCUGUCCAGGGCUGGGAUCAAACUGGUUCCAACGGAGCUAACUUGAGUUUCCCUGAAGAAUUUGGCAUCAGUGUGUUCGUCAUCCGCCAUGAGCCUACUGAAACCACUGUUUCCUUCCAGCACCAUGGACGCAGAUCCCGCCAAAGCCAGUAGGAACCAAUGGAUCGUUGGCGUAAUCAACGCCGCUCCGUACCUCUCUGCUUCUCUAAUCGGGUGCUGGACUACGGACCCGCUGAACAACCUCUUCGGACGUCGUGGUGCUAUCUUCAUUUCCGCUAUCUUCUGCAUGUUCUCGGUCAUCGGAUCUGGCUUCGCACAAACAUGGCCCCAGCUCUUUGUCACUCGCCUGUUGCUGGGGAUCGGGAUGGGGCUGAACGGCUCGACGGUGCCUGUCUUUACAUCCGAGAGCUCACCAUCAUCUAUCCGCGGCGGCUUAGUCAUGUCGUGGCUCAUGUGGAUUGCAUUCGGCGUCUUUCUCGGCUUUUGCGCCAAUCUGGCUUUCUUCCAGAUGGGCCGACUCGCGUGGCGCUUUCAACUUGGCUCUGCCUUUCUUCCCGCUCUGCCGCUGCUCAUCGGGAUCUUCUCGUGCCCGAAUCGCCGCGCUGGUUAAUGAAAAAGAAUCGUUACGAGCAGGCAUAUGAGUCACUGUGUCGUUUGCGCAACUCGGAGCUCCAGGCAUGUCGGGAUCUAUUUUACAUUCACUCUCAGCUCGAGAAGGAGUUUGCCGCCCUCGGCAAGUCGAGCUAUUGCAAGCGGUUCAUUGAACUAUUUACUAUCCCACGGAUUAGGCGUGCCACAGUCGCCAGCUUCACUGUCAUGAUUUCCCAGCAAAUGUGUGGAAUCAAUAUCAUUGCAUUUUACUCCUCGACUAUCUUCCGCGAUGCAGGAUACAGCACUCUGAGCGCAUUGUUGGCAUCGAUGGGUUUUGGAUUGGUAGCCUUCAUAUCUUCCUUUCCUGCUGUUUGGUCAACCCUAGCAUUCGGACGCCGGAACUUACUGCUCUUGACUUUCCCGAACAUGGCAUGGAGUCUUUUGGCAGCUGGCCUGUGUUUCUUAAUUCCAUCCAACUCGAGCGCUCGCGUGCCCUUGAUCGCGCUCUUCAUCUACAUAUUCACUAUCUUUUACAACUCUGGCGGAGGCCCGGUCCCAAGCACGUAUGCUGCUGAAGCGUUCCCGCUGACCCACAGGGAAAUGGGCAUGAGCUGGUCCACCGCAACGUGUCUGUUCUGGAGCUCUGUUCUGUCCGUCACCUUUCCUCGACUUCAAGCGGCUACCGGCAGCAUCGGCGCUUUCAGUUUCUACGCCGGCUGUAACGUGGUCGCUUUCCUGAUGAUCUUCUUUCUCGUUCCGGAGACGAAACAGCGUUCACUCGAAGAGCUCGACUACGUCUUUAGCUUGCCCACUCGCACACACGUCAGUCAUCAGGUCAACCACUCUCUGCCGUACUUCUUCAAGCGAUGGAUCCUCCAGAGAAAGGAUACCCAGGCGAAGUCUUUGUGAAAGAGACGAGUCGACAGUCCAAGGACGGGAAGCUCAAACGGUGUACGUACCCGUAUGUAAUUGAAGUAUGAAAUUGGAGAAUCCCGGACGAAUGGCUCCUUGAAUGGUGUCGGAAGGCUAGCGUGAGGAUACACAUAUGUCACCGGCGUCACCAGCGUCAUCCUUAGAGUCAUAGUCUUUGGGUUCGUCGGUCUGCUUGAACGAGACAUCCAGAACGGCCAGAAAACUCGGCUCCAGCACAUUUUGAUAACGUAAUGAUUCCCACGAGCGGAACUUUGCACUCCAAAUCGGAGUCGCAAUAUUCUGGCUGCAGGUCUCCAAAUUACUA